AUGAUUAAACCCAAGUUGAACUUGCGCACUCGUAACGCUGUCGUUACAUGUAGCAUACUCCUACUAAGUGCAUUCCGUGAGUACCGGUUCCAUCCGUCCCUCAGCUUGACAAGACGCUACUAUCCGCAUGUGCAUAAUAUCGAUGGCUUCUUUGUUGCAAAGUUGAAGAAACUUUCUAAUGCGAAGAUGGGCAAAGCAAGUGUUGAUAUCGCUCAACGAGAAAACCUGGAGAACAACGGAGUUGAAAAACAAGCGAAAGUAAAUGGUGAGAAAAGCAAGAUCAAGUCUUCAAAAUUGAAGGAGAAACAGGGCAGCGAUACCUCCGACGAUGAGGAAAGCAGCAAGGUGCCAGGAAAUAGCAAACGAAAAAUGAAGAAAAAGCGAAACCAGUUGAAGAAUUUGGCUAAGAAAGUCCCAGCCUCGGAUGAUGGAUUCAACAAGACCGGUUUUGUUCACAAGAUCAAAAAACAGAAAACAUUCAAGAAGAAAAUAGGAAAACGGGCGCUUGCUAAAACAAGUGCCAAAAUGGUCAAGAAUAAACGGAAGAAGCUAAUGGCAAAGACUGGUGCAGGGUCUUCAUCUUGA